AUAUAUCCGUAUAUAUAUAUAUAUAUAUAUAUUAAACAUAUCUAUCCUUACUCACACACCCUUCCGUCUUUAUAAAUAACGCGAGCACAUAUUUAGCGCAUUUUCGGAUAUGUUGGCACAAUUCAUAGCCACGUUCAUGACGUACUUUGUACAAUUGAAGACAACUCUGAAAUUAUGGUGGCUUCGAGUGAAUAUCAGCACAGCGGCUGCCCCCAGGAAUUCCAAACAGCUUCAUAAGAUCAUAUUUGCAGGUGAUGGUUACGCCGAGGGAUAUGGAGAUUGGAUCACAUUUGGGCAUGAAGCUGGGACCACCACUCAUAUACGUCGAAUGAUUCAAGCGAAGAAGAGUAUCCGUUCUGCAUGGAAAACAUACAAUCGCGGGCGUUACCUUACUGCCACCGAGGAUUGGCUGCCCUCAACGCCAGAUGGGCUCUUCGACAAGACGUUCAAAACUCCAGCACUGAAGGACGCGGAAGGUAGGUGCACUGGCAGAGGACAUUCUAGUUCUCAUUUCCAUCGCAUUCAUAUUGUAUAG